AUGUCCAAGCUCCUCCGCAAUGGCAUUCCACGCAAAGAGGACGGCAAGAUCGAUUUUAGCUGGAAGAAUCAUUACGGCUUCACGGGUCUCCUCGUCGUCCUCGGCUUCCUCUUUCCGCCUCUCGCCGUGGCCACCCGCUUCGGCAUCGGGCGCGACUUCUUCAUCAACGUCCUUCUCACCUGCUGCGCAUUCAUCCCUGGUCACAUACACAACUGGUUCAUCCAGAAUAUUCGAAAUAACGAUACGGCGGCGCGAACGCCCAAGUGGGCGAUACGCUACGGGCUGGUAGACGAUCGACCGGCCAAGAAGCUGCAGAAGAAGCGCGCUUGGACGGGUCAAUACAACGAUAGGCUGCCGCCCAGUCAGAGGGUCGUUUAUGACGACGAGGGGAACGCGCAUGUUGUCGAGGCGGAGCGGGAUAACAGCCGGGACGAUGUCACCGCGCCAUGGAACGUGCACUCGACCAGCGAGGUGCGACCGCAGAAGACAGGACUGGUCGAACCAGACCAGUACAUCAACGAGGAUCCCAGCCAGCCACAGAUGAGCUACGACCAUGCGUUGCCGAGCAAGCAGUCGAAGCUGUCGAUUUUCAACGGGAGAGGCCAUCGUCAUACCGAGUCGAACGACUGGGUGCCGACUCAGAGCCACGGCCACACGAGGAGGAGAAGCAGCCUCAGCAGCACCACCUCGUCGCUCAGCAUCAACACGCCCGAGGAUCCGUACCGAUCCACGUUCCCGUCACGGCCCUCGGGCCGCAAUAAUUCCGGCAAGGCGGAGCCAAUGGGCGCCGCAUCUCCAGUGGUGGUCAGCAGCGCUCCUCGUCGCGAACGAGAGGACGACAUCUUUGACCACCAAUUCUGA